AUCGAAACAAAGCCAGUAAAGAUAGUCUACAAAGAUGCCGAGGGUAUCAGCACAUUCUGCAUAAAUAAGGUAGACGUAUUCCCAACAAUACACUAUCGAGAAGGGAACUGGAGCCGAAUUGCGUCUCGCAAUUGUUUCUGGGAUGGUUCCUGGGGAAGCGCCGGUCAGCUAUUGGCCAAUUUUUUUCCCUGUCCCUAGUAACAGUCCCAGAAGUCUUUUCGAAAGUUGACUCGGACCCAGUUUUCCUCCAGUUUCUUGAGACCCAUCUGGCAGCUAACGGUUUAUUCAAUGUUGUGAAUUUGAUAUUUUGUAUAUUCAUUUCAGCGUUCAUUGGACGUAACAUGUAGUUGUUUUUCUUCCCAGGCAAAUCCAAAUUGUAUUGCAGUAGGGAGUGUGAAGGAUGUUGAAGAAGUGGAUAUUUCGUGUUUAUUAAGUCCGGAACAAGUGAUGUGGAAUGACGAUGAAUUGGACCAUGAGAUGACUGAUGCCCAGAGAAGA